AUGCUUAUCCUCACCAUGUUCUUCUUCUUGAUGGGCAACGGGAACUCGCCCCAGAUCAUCAACGACGACGGCACGCCCCGCAUCACAGAACUCGACAUCAUCCGUGAGCAAGUGGACGAGUAUGAGGGAUAUCUAAACGGAACGGGCAAUUGGACCGAGCCUGACCAUCUGAACCACGCCAAGGCUGCGGCGGCUGAGAUGCCGUUCUUCACGAAUAUCACCGGCGGAUACCGACAGGCCGAAGUCGAGGUGAUCGACCUGCUCUCGCCGACGCCAGCGAAGGGGAGCACCUUCUUUGCGCACCAGAGGAUCCCGUCGCUCAACCAGUCGUGGUGGAACGAGACGAACGCGGCGUGGCUGCGCGGCGAGUUUGACUGGAAGGGUGUGAGCCAGUGGGACAUGAACCUGAACGAGCGGCGGGUUGAGGCUGCGACGAACACGACUGCGAGCGGCGUGCCGACCGCCGAGGACUGGAACUGGGUCAAGGGAACCGUCACGCUCUCGGGCACGCAGACGAUAGAGUACGACGUGUUCGGCCUGCACCACGUCCCGAACGGAACAUACGAACUGUACGGCCAGCCGCAGCACACGCGCAUCGACAUUCGCAACAUCCCCCGCCUGUACCCCGAUCACCACAACACGACUGCGCGUCUGAUCAUGGCCGAGCUUAAGAAGGAGCUGCGCUUCCGCGAGCACCAGCUCGUGACUCCGGAUGCCAAGGGCGACGACCCGACCACAACCACCUGCCCGCUCCUGAUGUACAUGAGCGUACCCCCUCUUCCACCAGGUGUGGACCCGAAGGAGGUCGAGGCGUAUCACAAGGAGCUGGCCGAGCCGUCAGGCCUUCUGUGGAGCCUGCCGAAGCCGCCGCAGUACUGGCAGAACAACGGAUUCGGUAUUGUUGCCAUCGCGGACCAGUGUGGCGUCGCCCUCGGUGUGGACAAGGGGCGCGGCGUAGGAGUUGGCGACUUCAACCGCAAGACCAUUAACUCUCCUCGUGCUGUGGCUCCUCGUGCGCCAGAUGGAGAGCACGCGGACGCCGUCAACGCUGGCCAAGAUACGUGGAUCUUCAGCGCGCACUUGGCCAUCGGUAUCUACUCGGACAAUAAGACUUCACUGCCACUGCUUGUGCUGGCAUUCCUCAUUUUCUGCACGGCGUUCGUCUUUGGACCGGCGCCCGAGCGUGCCCCUCAGCGGGACGAGGACGAGGACGAGCCCCGCGGCUUUUUCGCGCGCAUCUCGCACGCCUUCUACACUCACGCUCCUUUACGCUGGAUCGCAGGUAUCGCCGCACUGCUGCUCCUGUUCCAGAUUAUCUUAAUCCCCAACGUCAUCCCCUUCAUCCUCUUCAUCAUGCACAGCACGUGGGUACCGCAGAUCUGGCGAAACGCUCGACGCGGCUCGGCCAAUGCGCUCCAGCAUGGCUUCGUUCUCGGCACAGCGGCCGGACGCCUCGCAUUGCCCCUCUGUGAGUACAGCUCGCAAGCAAACCUCCUUACUAACGACAGACGCCCUUGCAUGCCCGGACAACGUCUUCUUCAUCGACAACGCGCCAUGGAUCUGGCUGCUCGUGCUGUGGCAGGGCGCGCAGAUUCUGCUCCUGUUCGCGCAGGACCGUUUCGGGCCCGCGUUCUUCCUCCCGAAGCGAUUCCAGGCCGAGCCGGGGUACGACUAUCACCCGAUCCUCGCGCCGCGGGAUGA